AUGUUUUAUAGUUUAGAGGUUUUGUCAGUGUGUGAUUUGUUAGGAUAAACUACACAUGACAGGGUCUCUAACACAAUGCUGAUAUACUGACACUGAAAUACAAGAUAAUUUUAAAUUUGUGUCUAUUUUUUAAUAGUUUAUUUUUUAAGUUUUUAAUAAUUAGUGAUCAACUGUGAGAGCAAAGCUGAAAUGCAAUGAUAAGCAUUGAAUUACCAGUGUAGAAAACUUUAAAUAUCACGCACAUAGAUUUUAGUGGAAAACAAGCUCGGAUCAACAUUAUAAUUUUAUUUUGCAACUCAGUGUCGAGCACUGCAUAGACUCAUAAUAUAUGACUACUAUAAUAUUUGAAAAUAAAUCCUAAAAAUAGAUGUAUGUGUAACAUAAGUAAUACAAAUCCAGAGGAAUAUUCUUUGCUCUGACUUGUUAGAGGAACAUAAUCCAUGCUGGAGUGGCAUGACAUGACCUGAUAAGGAGCAGAGGGACCUCUUUAGUGUAGUGUGCAGGAGCAGCAAGUAAUGCAGCAUGAGCAGCAUUGUUCACAUUCUCUCCUCCUUAUCUUUGCAUCUUAUCUGGAUGUUUAAAAGCUACAAAAUGUUCAAAAUAUUUUUGAUUGUUUACAAGCUAAACUGUAAUGUGGUGUUUCGAUUUUAUGCAAAGCAACGUUAAAUAAGGUACUGUAGAUAUAAAUGGGUGGUUCUCCUAUACUGGACUCAAAAGUAAAGCCCAAAUGUUUCUGAAGUCUUCUAUUUGAUAGCUGCAGUACAGUAACUUGAUCAUGUUGAUGUCUAAUAUAUCUCAUUGUACUGAUAAUACAGCAGGCAAAACAUCAUAAGUGAUGAAGUGUUAUCCAACCAGGCCAGCACUAGCAUAAGUUAAGUGACUGAUAUUUUUUUUAACCAUGUACACUGCAGUAUAUAUUGAAAAGAAACAAAAUUCCUCUAGGACCAAAUUGCUAGGUAAAACAAGAAAAAAAGCAGAAAUUUAUACCAGGUAGCACAAAACUAAAUAUAUUAUCAGAAAUGCAACUCAACAGAGACCAAUGUUUCAGUGACAGUCCUUGUUAUAAUAAAAACUUUUUAUAUGUAAACAUUUGUGGAUUUAGCAGUAGUUUAGUAAAAAUUUGCAAAGCAGUGUUCUUUUGUGUGUGUGUGUGUGUGUGUGUGUGUGUGUGUGUGUGUGUGUGUGUGUGUGUGUGUGUGUGUGUGUCAGUCCAGUUUAUUUGUGCUUAGGAGUCUGAUGGAUUGUGGGAAGAAACUGUUACAUAGUCAUGAGUGCCCAAGUGCUUUGAUGCCUUUUUCAGACUUCAGGAAGGAGUUGAGUGUGUUUGAGGGGUGUGUGGUCAUCCACAAUGCUAGUGGCUUUUGGUGUAAAUAUCUGUGAUGGAGGGAUGAAAAAUGAUAUAAUGAUCUUCCCAGCUGUUUUCACUAUUUGCUGCAAACCAUGCAGUGAUACAGCUGCUCCGUAUGCUUUUAAUAGUCCUACUGCAGAAUGUAGCUUCAUUUUAUUCAUUAACUGUACAGUAUGACCUUAGCUAAUACUCUGAGUACCGCAACUAAGGUUGUCUGGGAACUCCUUUCAAAACAAACUCCACUAAUAGACCUAGCAAAACAUAAAACACUCAAAAGAUUUAUUUCCUCUGUUAAAAUAGGAUGUGUUUAGUGUAAAAGUAGACAUCUGUUUACCUGUAUAUUUACAAUAAUUGAUACAUUGAAUUAGCUAAUAGCCAUCAUCUUCAGGUAAUAUCAAUGCACAUUGUCACAUAGUGUCCUCCAGUAAUAUGGGCUGGUAAGACCCACCAAAUGUUCUACAGAACAGACUCUGUCUCCAAUGUAUGACUCUAAUUCUGACAAAAAAGGCGUAAAAAUGCACAAUGAGUGUGACUGGUGCCAUGUUGUCUACUCUUGUGUGCCUUAAAUGCCCUGAUAAGAACUGUUUGUUUUAUAGAAUUUCCAUCACUGUCAUGAAUGUUCUCAUGGAGCUGCAUCUCAAAUAGAAAGUAUAUAAUAAUUUAUAUAAUCCAGAAGACUAGUACUCAAAUCAGCUAUUAUUUAUUAGUAUGCAUUACUAUUAAGGAAUUAAAGUUAAAAUUCAUAAACUGUAUUGAGAAAAAUGAUUUUACCAAAAAUUUCAAGGCACCCAAUGGUACAUAAUGUUUUUGGUUGUGGUAGCAUAAAAUUAUCCCUUCAAUUAAACUAGAGACCCAAAUCUGUUUCAGACUUUACUACUGCCCUUGUAGCUGAAUGAGCACAAAUCUCCACAUUUUAUCACAACAACAGAUGGGGACUAUAUUGUCAAAUGGAAUAUUUAAAAAGCACAUCGGAAUCUAAUGUGCAAACUUUUGUCUAUAUAUGUAUUAUAUAAGUCUAAUAGUUUUAAGUUAUGUUUCAUCUACUGCGCAUGUGUGAAGAGAGGUGUUAAUGGGUUAGCAAGUUUUAUCUGGGUGAAUGUUAAAGGUGACUAGAUUAACUGCUAAAACUGCUGUAGUUAUUGAAACAACAUUGGUAUGUUAAAAUGUUACAUGAAACAUGAAAUAGGUUGUUUACUGGUUUUAGAUAAACAAAGAAAUUUGUCCAUUUUUAUUGCUGAACGUUUAUUAUGGCAUUUCAGAAUAUGUCAUAAAAUAACAUAUUUACCAAUUCCUUAAUGUGGAUUGUUUCAGAGUGUCUCCCAAUAAUAUUUCACAAAAAUAAAUUGUGUUUAAACCACAUGACCCCAUUCCAGGUUAAACAUUAUCAGUAAUAACACUUUGUAUAUAAAGUGAAUGAUGCCAUUUCUCACUGAAAAGGUAAAAAAAAAAAAAAAAACUGCUGAAUGCUGAAAUGGCUGAAUCGUCAUCACCAACCAAGCGAAAGAACAGCAUGGAUGAACCAAAUAAAUUCAUGGAAGACUCCAGCAGCCUUGUUUCUAAAGAGCAGCUGCUGUGUUCGAUCUGUCUGGAUGUGUUCACUGAUCCAGUCACCACUCCAUGUGGACACAACUUCUGCAAAAGCUGCCUUACACAGUGCUGGGAAAAGAAUCAACACUGUUACUGUCCAUUAUGUGAAGAGAAAUUCACCAAGAAACCUGAACUGAAGAUUAAUACAACACUGAGAGAGGUUGCAAAUCACUUCAAAAAGAACAGUGCUUCUGGAAAACCUUAUGUUUUUUGUGAUUCCUGCAUUGGGGAGAAACUGAAAGCCCUGAAAUCCUGUCUAGAUUGUCGUGUAUCUUUGUGCAAAGCUCAUUUAGGGGCUCAUUAUACAAUGCCCAAACUUAAGGAACACACACUAAUAAACCCUGUGGAGAAACUGGAGGAUUACAUAUGCCAGAAACAUGAUAAGCCUCUGGAGCUGUUCUGUAAAGAUGAUCAGAUGUGCGUGUGUCAGAUCUGCACUGAAGAAGAUCACAAGAAUCACAACACUGUUCCUAUAGAGAAAGAAAGCAAAGAAAAAAAGACUCAGCUGGAGAAAACACAGACAGAAACGCAGCAGAUGAUUCAGGAGCGAUUGAAGAAGAUUCAAGACAUCAAACACUCAGUAGAGCUCAGUAAAAGAAACACAGAGAAAGAGAAAGCAGACAGUGUUGAAGUCUUCACUACUCUGAUUCGAUCCAUUGAGAAAAGUCAGGCUGAGCUGCUGAAUCUGAUGGAGGAGAAGCAGAAAGCAGCAGAGAUGCAGGCUGAAGGACUAAUUAAAGAGCUGGAGCAGGAAGUCACUGUGCUACAGAGAAGAGACACUGAGCUUGAGCAGCUCUCACAAACUGAGGAGAAUCUCCACCUUCUACAGAAUUAUUCAUCCAUGUGCAUCCCUCCACAAACCAAGAACUGGACUGAGAUCAGUAUUAACACUGAUCAGAGAGUGGACAUCCUGUCUCAGUUUCAUGUGAAGCUGAAUGAGAAACUUAAUAAAACACUAAAUGACAAGUUAAAAGAAACAGUUUCCACAGAACUGAAAAGGAUUCAGCAGUAUGCAGUGGAUGUGACUCUGGAUCCUGAUACAGCGCAUCCCAAACUCAUCCUGUCUGCUGAUGGAAAACAAGUGAAACAUGGAGAAAAACGAUUCAAUCUCCCUGAUACACCAGAGAGGUUUGACUUUUGUCCUGGUGUUGUGGGAAAGCAGAGUUUCUCCUCAGGGAGAUUUUAUUAUGAGGUGCAGGUCAGAGGGAAAACUGAAUGGACAUUAGGUGUUGUGAGAGAGAACAGUAACAGGAAGGGAGACAUCACACUGACUCAGAAUGGAUUUUGGACAGUGAUCCUAAGGAAUGAGAAUCAAUAUAAGGCUUGUGCUAGUCCUACUGUUCUCCUCACAGUGAAAGAGAAGCCAACAAAGGUGGGGGUGUUUGUGGAUUAUGAGGCUGGUUUGGUCUCCUUUUAUGAUGUGGAGGCAAGCUCUCAUAUCUACUCUUUCACUGCUCAGUCUUUCACAGAGAAACUCUAUCCUUUUUGCAGCCCUAGUACAAAUAAAUUAGGUAAAAAUUCAGCACCAUUGAUCAUCUCUUCUCUAUUUAAGACUGAAUGAAUUUUCAUCUCACAGAUAUAUUUAUCUAAUCAAAUAAAAGAAUAAUUUUAUUUUUAUUUUAUAGUUAUUGUUAUUAUUAUAUUGUUAUGUUUGUUAUUCAAGCCAAGGUUUGUUGUAAAUAAGAAAAAUUAAUCCAACGUUCAUUUGUAACUCUGUUGUAAUUAUCAAAAUCAAUAAAGAUUAUUAAAGCUGAAUUAGACUGCAGAGCUUAAUAUGAUCAACAUCAUUUAUAAAGAGCAGUCCAUGCUGUCUAUAGAGCAAAAUGUGUUUUUAUCCGGAAAAAAUACAAAGUGCUGAUAAUACAAUAUGAAAUAGUUU